AUGUCCAGCCGCGGAGAAAGUGACGCUGCAUUCUCAAUAUUGGAACCUGCAUUGGUGGCCCAGAAGGCUAUGCGACUUUUCGCGCGGGGGCUUUUACAGGAGCUUAAGGUAUUCCGUAUUACGGACGCACUGGUCGACCUGUUGGCCUGUAACAGAUACCUGCUUGAUUCCACUCGAGUCAAGGGCGGAAGCAUGAUGGUGGGUCCGAGGGAUGUGCUUUACGCGCUCCAAAACACACUGCAUCUCAUUGGAGGGCCGGAAUCUCCCCUGUUCAAGAGGCUUUUGAGGAUGAUGGCCGAGGUUGCGCUGCCUGUUCCUGACGUCCCAGAAAUUAGUUACCAAUAUCAUAAGAUCGAUGCAAGAAAUAAUGGAGAACACAUCAAGGAUUACAAAUAG